AUGUCCGACUACGGCGACGACGGCGGCGGUGACUUCGGUGCCGGCGAGGAGUACGAUGACAACAUGCUCGGAGAAGACUAUGACGAGGUCGAGGACCUGGUCGACGACAACAACGACCCCACCGGCGGAACCGAGGACCCUGAACACAACGCUACCAUCGUCGCAUCGGGUGACCCUAACGCUGUCGCUCGCGCAAACGCAAACUUGGGAGUCAAGGGCUUGAAGGAAAAGAGAAUCGACAAUGACAAGAGAACCACCACACCGUACAUGACAAAGUAUGAGAGAGCAAGAGUUUUGGGCACAAGGGCGCUGCAGAUCAGCAUGAACGCCCCUGUUCUUGUUGACGUUGAGGGUGAGACUGAUCCCCUUCAAAUUGCCAUCAAGGAGCUCCGCGAAAAGAAGAUUCCUCUGGUUGUUCGCAGAUAUCUUCCCGACGGCUGGUACGAGGACUGGACUUGCGAGGAGUUGCUUUGA